AUGGAGAACGUACACGCAUCCUCGUCGGAAGUUUCAACAAAUUCGAGCAACAGCGGAAACCAGUUGCAAACCAUCGUCAAUGAAUGUAAACAGUCAUUGGAUGACGACGAAUGCAAGGAAAAGGAAAAGGAAAAGGAUAAAACGAGCUUCGAAUUAAAUCUAGAUCUUAGAAAUGUAUUAAAUUGUGAACCUACUGCAUCCGAGGCUGAUCAAGAUAACGAGAAUUCAUUAGAAAAACUCUCGGCUGUUUUGGAACAACCGGAAGACUCACCUUAUCGUUUGGAAGGUGCACAGUCUACGCAGGAUGAUCGUGAGGAUAAACAAUUAAACUACAUUCUUCGGGAACGGAUACAAUCGCUUCGCAAUGUUAUGAGGAACUUGAAGGAAGAACUUAAAAGAGAAAUUGAAUUUUUGAAGAAAGAGAACGAAGAGCUGCAAGUUUUGCGAGAAAGAAACGAUUCGUUAGCCUUGGAAGAAGCAACUGCAGCUGCGCGUGCGGCUGCUGCAGCUUAUGCAGCGGAAGUGCCGUUAUCCAAUUCUUUGGACGUUAUCUCCGAGGACACGUUCAGAGAACUUACGAUACUCGAAUACGAGAAGAAAUUGGCCAAAUAUCAGGAUGAGUAUUCGUUUAAUCAAGCUGAGAAACGUUACAAUGCUCGAUGGAAGAUGAUCGCGAAUGCGUACAAGCAGAAACUGAUGGAGGUGGAGCGACUUUGCAACGAGGAAUUGGAAAAAGUUCAGCAAAAUGCGAACGAUCUACAACCACUCAAAGAAAUGGUGUCUCAAUGGUGUAUCGAUGAAGAAAAUCGCGGUGAUUCGAUUAAAAGAUCUGAUUUUAAUGUGGAUGGGCUAAAAUACAGCCUUUUUAAUGACGAGAAACUUCAUAAUCGUCAAUUUCAAAAUGUCGACGCGGAAGUCAAUAUGGCGCCGGAGAUAUUCGUUGCACGAUUCAAGUCCGAAAACUUGACGAAAAAAGAUACAUUUUAUAGAUAGACAUAUCUUCUUUUAUUUAUAUUGCA